GUGUACCCAGCUGUUGGUCAGAUGGCCCUGAUCCUGGUUAAUCGAGUUUCUUGGGAGCACGUCUCCAAACCGCCCAUUCUGAACCUCUAGUCAUGCCUCAGGGGACCUUUGCUUUCUCUUCCAGCUCCCCACAAAGGAGCAAGCGAGAGGUACUAGGGUAAGCACAGGAGGAUUUGCAAGCGCAAGAAAGGGUUCUCCCAACCUGCCGGCUCUUCUUGGGUGUGGGGGACCUGGGCAUGGUCAAAUCAGUGCAGGAGGGAGUGGGGAAACUGAGGCCCCCAAGGAGACGGGCUUCCCAAGACACCAAGAUGGAGACGAGGCUACUAUCUAGACUCCAGGGGCGUCCUGUGCACCCCCUCCAGUCCAGCCUCCAUAUUGCUGCUCACAAGCUCUCAUUGGGUCCCCAUUGCCUUCAUCCCCAAGUCCACAUUCCUAAAGACUUCCGUGACCUCCCCUCCCAUCACCACCGUUCUGAAGGGCACCCUGUUUUCCUUAACUGUGCCAGCUGCCCCCAUCACCACCACCAGCACCCUGUGCUUUGGGGAGCUGCCUGGUUUACCCCUUCCUCUCCGCUCUCCUCCAUCAGAGCUCCCCCUGUCUUCAAGGUCCGUCUCCAUGGCCGCCUCCCACAGAGCCUUCCCUCUCCCUUGAGUUGUCCCCAGUCUGCCACUGCCCGAAUCACUGGGUUCCCUGUUGUUUCCUCCUUGGAGGCACAGAGAGUUAUAUGUAUGAACUGCUAUGUCUACCUCCUAGGCCUUGCCUCACCGAGGCUGGGUUUCUCUUGGAUGAUGUUUUCUGGAAGAACUGGCUUGGCUGCAGCUGCGGCCCAUUCUUCCUGACCCAGGGAGGAAGGACCCGACAAGUGGGUCCAGGUCUGGGCUGGACUGCAGGAGCACAACGGCCAACUUCCUGGGUGACUCAGCGGGCGGAGCUGAGCUGGAGUGAGCUGACCAGGGAGAGAACAAAACAGGGAAAUGAGACACAUGCCCGGCCCGUGCGAGGCCCUGAGCUGGGCCACACGCAACCCUGUGUAGUGUUCACGCUGCCAUCGCUGAGCGGCGAUGGUCACCAUCCCUCUCCUCUAGCUCAGACGCCAGGCUCAGGGCAGGGAGCUACCCCCAUCCAGGCACCGCUCACUGGGCUCUCUGCCUUGGCUGGAAUCCCGGCCCUGUAGGCAGAGGCGGGCCUCUGUUCCUGCCUCUGAAAGAUGGAGAUAGCACUUAGCACUCGCUCCACGGUGGUGUGGGCUCAGGCAGUUUGAUCCACCGUUGUGCUUAGGACAGGGACUGACAAAGGGAAAGCUCUCCACACAUGGUGGCUGUCCGUCCAGUGAAUAGAUUAAUUAGUGCUCCGUGCAGCCACCUCAAAGGAAGGGACAGUUUUUAUCAUUUUACAGAUGAGGGACUUGAUGCUCAGCCCAUGUGAUGUCCCUGGAGUCAUAAUGCAAAGGAUGCACGCGGUGCAUUUCGGGUUUCCCCUGCAGGGUCCCACCCCUAGCUGCGGCACCCGGACCAGCUCCCAGGUCUCUGCACCUCCAGCCUCUGCCUCCUUUUUCUUUGGUCAUUUUCAAUCCAUGAUGCCUUCUGAGCUUCCGCUGGGACGUGUCAUGCCAGGGGAGCCGGGUACAUCUUGGAGUUUGGGGCCUGUCCCUUCUCUCAGUGCUGGUACACGUUUACUGUGUGUCAUUGGACAAAUCACUUCCCCUUUCUGAGCUCAGCGUCCACAUCUGUCAAUUGAAAUGGGGCAGACGUGAAAGGGGGUGUGGGUGUUCAAAGGCACUCUGCGUAGGAAGAUGGAAACUACGGGAGGGGUUUCAGUAGUGAAACCUAACAUGCAGGCGCACUCGCAACGUGCCAGGCACCGCUCAGAGUACGUCACCGGCACGGCCUCAUGUCCUUCUCGGCACAGCCCUGUGAGGUCGGUACCAAGCUUAUGGAGGAAGAAACUGAGGCGAAGCUUCAGGCAGAAGGAUUCGAUUCAGGGGCACAUACAAAGUUGUUGGAAAGGUGACCGGGGUGGUGGCAGACCAGACUGUAGCUGCAACCCGCCGACCUGUUCAUUUGCUCCCUUCCAUCCCACGAUCUGCUCACUCCGCUGGUGUGCGGAGAUUUUUCCUGGCACCUCUGGGGCCUCUCUGAGCCCCUUCCUCUUCCCCGGAUGUGCCAAGCCCCUGACAUGUGCAGGAUGCCACACCAGGCACCAGGCACACAGAGAGGCCGAGGAAAGACACCGUGGCUUUCACUUCUGGCUAUGGCAGAAGAUUGGGCCAAAACAGUUCUUUCACUGAGGAUAAUAAAAACUGGCUAAGAUAGGAAUCCAGCUCUGAAGGCGUGAGAGAACAACCGUGGCAGCCAGGCCUUGUGGGGCGAAGAUCCCAGGCAGAAGCAAAAGAGGGGCGGUGAUAAAAUAAUAAAGAGUUCAGGACGACCAAGUCAGCCAAAACCUGAGCAACCAAGAACCUGGAGCAAAGGGAAGCACAGAGAAGAGAGUCAUUAUUCUGCAUCUCUUGUUCCUUUAAAGGCAUUUGCCAGUGUUUAAGAUGCAUGGGACCACGGCCUGCAAAACCAAGCCAGAAACAGCAGCCGAGAGCCUAACAGGCUAGACCUAGCUUUUGGCAAUCUGCCAGUGCAGGGCAGACAGAAACUGGAGAUGACAUCCUACAAGGAAGGGGUCCCUUAGUAGGCACCUCAGCUAUGCUUUGAGAAGGGCUACUACACCCUAUCAGUAAGAGCAAACCAGGAGUGACCAGUCAUCAUAAGUAACUAAAAUGCAGCUCUGGUCACCCCAGUCACCAACUGGAAAAAGGUAGUGUGCCCCUGAUCUACUGCCCACCAGGAGAAAACGACUUCCUCUCUGAAUAAGGACAGCCUCAUCCUGAGCCUCUGCAUUUUUGCCAUACACAGUAUCCACAGUUACCAUGCCAAGGGACAGAACCAAAUGACCAAAGAGAGAGAAACAGAGACAACGGACCAUAGAAAUAGACCCACGUGUUAUCCAAAUGUCCCAAGUAUGGACGUGGACUUGAGAAUAACUGCUGAAUAAUUGCAGGAAGAUAGAUGACAAGAAGGAGCAUUUCUCCAGAAAACUGGAACUUAUACAAAAAUUACUCAGGUGGAAAUGCUAGAACUGAAAAAUACGGGGACAGACAUGAAGAAUGUAACAUAUCAUUCAAAUAGAUUAGACACAGCAGAAGAAAACAAAGUAGUAUCCAGCUAAGGAGUCGGAAAGGCAGCAGAUUUCAAACCCAAAGAAAUGUCAAGAAAGGAGAUCAUGAGGAUGAGAGAAGGUGUUGAUUAAGUAGACGGAUUCGCUGUGGCCACGUCGAAAGACCCAGGAGGAGGCAGAAGCCCGUGUCAUAGUGCUGGCUCUGCCUCCAUCUCGCUGUGUGACAUUGGACAAGUCAGUUGUCGUCUCUGCACUUCAGGUUCCCAUUUCAGGGAAGUAGACAUGAUGACGCAUUUCGCCCAGUUGGUGUCAAGAUCGCAGGGAGGACAGACUGUGGCAGCUCUUCAGCAGAAGUGCUAAUAUCCCCGCCGACCUGCAGCCAUUUCACCUAUAACCCUACUGCCCGGGUGGCUGUGUGAGGAGCUGGAGGGCGCCCCGGCCCUGGGAUAACGACUGUGCAGUUCAGCAGGCGUUGGCUAAACAUUCAGAAACCCACACGGUCCGUUCAUGUGGUUUUCCACGCAUGUGAGACGACUCUUCUCUCAGCGACUGGUAAUGGCCACCAUGGCCCUAUAUUACCAGGGGAGGGUAUCUUUAGUAGGAAUCCUCCUGAGGGAAAUCCGUCCGCAGUCCUUGAAAAGGGCUCAGGCAUUUGUCAGCAUGGAGCUGCUGGCGACCUGCCAUACACACGAUCCCUGUGCCUCUACAGUGAGAUGGCUGUGGUGCUGCAGGCAGGACUGGGAGCUGUGCCCCCUCCUUAAUCCGUCUUCUUUUCCUCUUUGCUUUUGGAGAGGUGUGGCCAGCCUCCCUCCCUGCACACUUGGCACGCAGAGGUCUUUGGCCCGUGGCGUCUUGGCCUGGGUUCCAUUUUGGGAGCCAGGCCUGGUGUUCCCCAUGUGUUGCGGGCUGCCUCACCUCAUACAGCACAGGAAAAUCACACAGCUUUUUCCAGGGCUUUCGAAAGUGCUAAUUGAUGCCAGCCCAGACGCCUCGGCUGGUAGGUGGGAUCCAGCAAGCACCCUGGCCUCGGAGAUGCGGCUACCAGGACAUGCCAGGCUGACGGGAGGAAGGGGUGUUGCCGUCCCCUGAUUCUGCUGUGCAGCUUUGCCCUCUGUCCCAAGUCUCAUCCCACCCCUAGCAUCAGCUGAGAGCACUCGGAGCUCUCACACGGAGCCAGGACCUUGUGGGGAACCUACCGUCUCACCCAGAAUCUUAUUUGAUCAAUGCGGUGUAACAGUCAUCUAUUUCAGUGGGCUGGCCUCUGCCCUUGGCACUGGGAUACGUAGGAAGUGCAUUCUGGGCUGUGCGUCUCACAAAGACAGAUGUGGGGAGACCAUGUCACUCCCUCAGCUCAGACCCUCCACAGCAUAGGGCCCAGCAAAUGCAUCACGCGUGAACUGGAUGAAGGGACAGAUCUCGCUUGAUUGACAGCCCUGAGAAGGCAGCAGAAUCUCUGUAAUCAGCCCCACUUUCCAGGUGAAGGAGUGGUUCAGAGAGAUUAGAUAACUUGUUCAGGGUCACACAGCAAAUGGGUGGUUCCAUCUGGUGACCAUCAAAGCCUUCCGAGCCUCGGUCUGUGUUUCCUUGCCCAGAUCUCUUCUCUGCAUCACCAGCCCUGGGCUUUCCGCUCAUGCUCGUCUGCAUUCUUUCAUGCCAUGUGUGUGCCAGGUGACAGGCCCACAACAAUGAGGGAGAUUAAGUUUCUCUCCUCGUGGAGCGCCCAGCCCAGAGAGAAAGGAGGCAGGUAAGCAGUCAGCUCAGGCCGAAUAGAGCCAGGCCUCCGUGGAAGCCCAGGGAGGCCCCUCCUCACGCCAGGAAUGGGCAGGCCUUCCUCUACGAGUCAGUGCCAGCUGAACCCUAAAGAAUGAGUGAGAGCCAAGCACGGUAGGGUGACUUUUCUGGACAGAGGGGACAGCCUGGGCGGGAGCCCAGAGGCAGGAGCAGCUGUGACCUGUGGGUCAGUCAUAUUGCUUCCAGUUACAAGUACUCUGCUUUACACAAUAAAGGGGAUUUAUUCUCUCAUGUUACUGAAAGGUCAGCACAUAGGGUGGGCUGCAGGCGUGGCUAGAUCAGGGGGUUAACUGUAUGCCUGGCCCUGUUCAGCAGUCACCUCUUCCACAGGAGCUAGCAAAAUGGCUAGCACAACUCUGAUUUCCACAUCCAAACAUCAAACUGGCCAGAGCAAAAGAAACGUCUGCCCUCCCUAAAAAUGUCGGGGGCUGUACUCUGAUUGGAUGGAAUUAGGACAUAGUCCCAUCCCUGGACCAAUGACCUUGGUAAGACGGGGUGGGGACCCUAUGCUGGCCAAGUGAAGUCAGAGCCCACCCUGGAAGGUUAAUUGAGCUCAGAUGACAGAGUUGCUUCUUGAUGGAGGGGCCGGGGGCGGCUGGAAGGGACAAUUACGGAUGCCAUUGGGUUCUAAAUACAAGCCAGUUGUUGUGACAAGUGGAAAACGGAGCAGGAGGCCAAUCAAAAUGACCUUGCCAACAGAGCUGAGGCGUUGAGGAAAGUUGCAGGAGGUUGCAACAUGUCUUCUUUGUGUCUCCAGGAAAGCACGGUGGAUUUAAUUUGAUUUCUAAGCAGCCCCUCUUUCUACCAAAAGGUACUUUCCAAACUGUUACUUUCUUGGGAAAAAUAUAUCCCGCUGAUCAAUGAGCAACAGGUUGAGGAUGGGGAGGACUUGAUUAGACACAGCAAUGGGGGCACGGUCCAAGCAAAGGACGAAGGAGUCGCGCUCAGGUGCAGAGCUGUGACCACGGUGGCUCCCUGCUGAAGCCGGAAGACAGCGGUGUAGCCUGGGCACUUGUGUUACGGGCAUCUGAGGAGUUUCUGUUUGCUUUCUUCGAUUAAAUAUACUCCCCUUUCUCUCUAUCCCUCCAACUAUGGUCAUCUGAAGACCAGUUUGCAGAUGGGGUCCCCUUCAGAGCAGAGCCCCCAUUCCUGGUGGCCCAGUCCCUUCCAGGUUCAUGGAAUCAGAGGUCUGUGGCUCUGGAUUCAGACCUACUUCCUCCUUUCCCCCACGACCAAGUCACUUAAUCUCUUUGAACCUCACUUUCUUCCAAAACAGGAAACCCCUAUCUAGCUGGUGGUACGCUUUGAGGAUUAUCUGAGGACAUAGAUGUGUAUGAGGGUGCCAUCACGCCCAGCUCUGAGUGGAUUAUCCAAGAAUCUCCAUUCCUUGAAAAUGGACACUUAAAGUUUAACAAUGGCCUAAUAGGCACCAGAAGCUCAGCGUCUAUCAUUUUAUCUUGCCUUCAUAAUCAUUCUGUAAGUGGAGGCAUUACUAUCCCAUUUUAUAGAAGAGGAAGCUGAGGGCCAGGAAGGUUGAGUCACUUUCCCAAGGCCACACAGCUGGAAACUAGAACUUGAACCUGGGUCGUGUAAGGCCCACAUGAUGGGACUGAGGCUAAGUGGCAGAGUUCGGAUGCUGGGCUAGCCAGAAGCUAGGACACCCCUAAGCCUAUACCCUUUCUGUUGUUGUUGAAAUUAGAAUCCGAAAAGAACGAAAGAGAGAGAAAGUAAUGUGUACUUAGCAACCUCUAAUUGUGUGCAGGCAUCAUUGACUGAGUUCCGAAACUUUAAUUGAAUGCUUAAAUGUACUAGGUUCUGGUUGCAGGGAGGAUGAGUGGGACAACUUCUGUGUCCCCUAGCAGCCUUGUAGAAUAGGUGUUGACACUCCAUUGUACACGAGCACACACGCAGGCUCAAGCGGGCCAAGAAAUCGUCCAUAGCCAUCUGCCACGUGGGCUUGGCAACAGAGCAGAAGAGAAUGGAAUUCAUCCCGGAGGAGGUGACAGACAACCCUCAGUGCCUUCUUUAAGCCCGCUGCCCAGCCGCCACGUCUCUGGUGACAGCAUGGACAGACUGAGCUCUAAUUAAGGAUCAUUACACACCACCCUUCUCGGAGGACAGGGAUAACCACAGAGUCUCUCUGUCCUGCACCGUGAACCUUCUUUCCAGGUCCUCACCCCUGAGGGACCCGGGACUGUCACCAUGAUUAAUUAGCCCUCAGCCCCUUUGGAUGGGAAAAGAAGUUUGAUUAACAUUUCAUCAAGAGACGUUAUCGGCUGUUUAAGGAUUGCUGACAAAGCUGGCUACUUUAUUUUCGGAAGAGACAAAUUGUAUGCAAGAAGAACCAUCCCACCCUGAGCGGUCCCCUUAGCUUCUGAUGUCUGGGUGAUGUCCGGUGCACUGGGGUGGCCAUUGCUCAGCGGAAGUGAAAUCAGCCAGAACAGGCCUUGAGGGCCCCCGGGAAUUCCCGCCUUGCCUUGUGAUCUAGCCUCCAUCUCUGGGAUUUUUUUCUUCCAGGUUCCUCCUCAGAGUUGAUUUCCUCCAGCCCAACACAGGAAAGCAGACAUGGCAGCCGUGAGGAAAAGGACCCUCAAAGUGCUCACCUUGUUCGUCCUCUUCAUCUUCCUCACCUCCUUCCUCCUGAACUACUCCCACACCACAGUGCCCUCCGCCUGGUUCCCCAAGCAGAUGGUCCUUGAGCUCUCGGAGAACCUCAAGAAGCUUAUGACCUAUUCUCACAGGCCCUGCACCUGCGCCCGCUGCAUCGGACAGCGGAAGGUCUCGUCCUGGUUCGAUGAGAGGUUCAACUGGUCCGUGCAGCCGCUGCUGACGGCGCAGAACGCACUCUUGGAAGAAGGCACCUACAGCUGGUGGCUGAGGCUGCAGAGGGAGAAGCAGCCCAGUAACUUGAAUGACACCAUCAAGGAGCUGUUCCAGGUCGUGCCUGGGAACGUGGACCCCCUCCUGGAGAAGAAGUCGGUGGGCUGCCGGCGCUGUGCUGUGGUGGGCAACUCGGGCAACCUGAAGGAGUCCUGGUACGGGCCUCAGAUUGACAGUCACGACUUCGUGCUGAGGAUGAACAAGGCCCCCACCACGGGGUUUGAGGCCGACGUGGGAAGUAAGACCACCCACCAUCUCGUGUACCCCGAGAGCUUCAGGGAGCUGGCGGAGAAUGUCAACAUGAUCCUGGUCCCCUUCAAGACCCUGGACCUGGAGUGGGUGAUCAGCGCCACCACCACGGGCACCAUCUCCCACACCUACGUUCCUGUCCCCAAGAAGAUCAAAGUGCAACAGGAUAAGAUCCUGAUAUACCACCCGGCCUUCAUCAAGUACGUCUUCGACAGCUGGCUGAGGGGCCACGGGCGGUACCCUUCUACCGGCAUCCUCUCCGUCAUCUUCUCCCUGCACAUCUGUGAUGAGGUGGACUUGUAUGGCUUCGGGGCAGACAGCAAAGGGAAUUGGCACCACUACUGGGAGAACAACCCAUCGGCGGGGGCUUUCCGCAAAACUGGGGUGCACGAUGGAGACUUUGAGUCCAAUGUCACAGCCACCUUGGCGUCCAUCAACAAAAUCCGGAUAUUUAAGGGGAGAUGACGCUGCGAAGGGUCAAGGACGGAUGUACCAGAGCGCACCUCUCGUGUCAGCUCCAGCUUCUCGCCGGAGCCGUCACCUUCUGCGAACCUCCAGGGCCAGCCCCAGGGGUGUGCCCAGGUGCCCCUCUCAGCCUCUUGCAUCCCCCAACAUUUGACAGCAUCUGCUCAGCAAGGUCACCAAGCCCUUCCAGGGCUUCAGAGCAAGUCUCAGAACCAGCGUGGGUGGGAAGACACGCUCACUGCUGUCCCAGCGCUAAGCGAAGGUGGGGACAUGCGGGAGAGGUUCGUGCUCCACGCACGGCGGUCAUCUGGGCUUUGGAGGACGUGGGGGCAGCAGAUACUGAAGACACUCAUGUUCUAAAGGAAAGGACAGUCUCCCAGGGAGGAAGGGCAGAGACGUCCCUCUGCUGAGGGGCCCAGGGCUAACUCCCAACCUGGUUCUUGCUGGGAUGCUUCUGAGUGAGGACGGCCUCCAGGGCAGGACCACGGGGCCCAUGCAUGCCAGCACUGGGGACGAGACGACGCCUUCCUUUGCACGACGCCUGGCCUCUCACUUGGUGUGACAAGCCCAUCUCUCCGUUUCUUUCCAAAGCUCGUUUAUGGUGGUCGGGAGAGGGUCCUCACCCCAAUGAUCGUCAUGCUUGGCAAGGUGUUUCUGACUCCAGCAGAUGUCUUCUUCCCAAGCUGAUGUGCUCUUCUCGAGUAAUCAAUCCUUGCGGUUAAAAUUAUGGCUGAGAGCAGAUCUGACUACUUCCAUGUGCCUUUGUACUGGGGGGGAGAAAUGCAUGCAUUGGCUGAAAUGAGGCAGAUGCCCCGAUUCAGGAAAGGGGACCCCUGGCAAUGGCCCCCCUUGCUUCAUAGCUGGGGACAUCUUUUGUAGUUUCCUGAGCCAGCUCCUGAGUUAGAACAAAGCUCGGAUGAUACUCAACACCUCCCAGAGGUGCAGGAACCACGGAACGUCACUCUGUUGUCACAGACUGUUGGAUUUUGUGCCCGUAACCUUCCAAGCUCACGCUGUGGGCCCAGUCCCUGCUGGCCACCUGCGUGGUGUCCCGGAGGUUCGGGGACCAUCCUAGAACUGUGACCAUCAGAACAGGAGAAGUCAUACCUCAUCCUCUCACUCUUCCUCAUUAGCCUUCCUGAUUAUUUAUUGAUUUUUGUUGUUGUUGAAUUCAGCUGACAUCGUGUGCACUUUCUGGCUCUAUUGCUGGUCCUGGGAUUCUAAUUAAGUUAGCUCCUGCCCCACCUGGCAGCUGGGGCGUGGGGAGCUUAAAACAAGCUUUAUAGGCAUCCUCAGGCUUGGGUGUUGGCGGUAUCUAGGGCUUGGGGGCUCACCGGUCGGUGGGCAGAUCCUGGGGUGUCAGGUGGGUGGGCUUGUGGAAUGCUCUGUACCUCCUUUUUCACCCCACCUUCUUUUGUUUUACCUGUGAACUUGGAUUCAGUCUCAGGCUAAGACUCUCCAAACACCCCGUGGAACCUCCUUGGGGCCAGAUGGGGAGUGGAGUCACAGGCGUAGGAGGACAGUGAAGGUUGGCUCCAGUUACUGACAUUUAACCAGAAAAACCACUUUUCCUGUUGAGAGCAUUUCCCAAAAGGCCACUGCUACUCUGAGGGGGGGUGACAGGCUCCUGGUGGAGUGUGAAGGGGGCCGGUCUCAGAAGCCAAGGGCCUGCUCCCUCUGCUCCCCACAGGGCCCUGGUCAGCCCUGCUCGUCCUGGCCUCAGUUUCUCCCUCGGCAAACAAGGUGGGCGGGGAGAAUUGUGGGUGCUCAGGGGCCACAGAUGGUGUCAGGCAGUUCAUAAGAGUCCCCAGAAAUUGCAUGCCAUGUUUGUUUUUUCUCUGUCUGUACAUAUGAGCAUCUUCCUGGGGAAAGGCUCCGUAGCUUUUGUCAGAGUCUCAAAGGCUCCGAAUCCAGAAAACAUUAAAAACAAACAAACAACAGAAAGAAAUCCUGUUCCAGCUUUGAAGUCCUCCAAAGCUUAAGACUCUCUUGACUGAUAAAGGCUUGUAAAUUGUUGUGAGGUCAAAUCCUGGAAGGCUAGAGCUCGUGGCAGAACGUGAGGUGAGGAACUCAGCAAGCGUCCGGUGGCUGGCUGAUUAAUCCUGGGACAAACCUUGGGAAAAGCGAGCAGUGUGGGCUGACGCCUGCGUGCUCCCCUUCUCCCGCAAGCUGCGUCUGUUCAGGCAGGUCAGGUUCAGAGCGAGCAAUCAGAGCUUCUGGGCUUUGCUGAGAGAGCAGGUGCCCAAAGAGAGGAGGUGUCCCCAGCUGAGCUGCACACUGCCUGGGUCAGCCACCUAGCCCCUGCCCAUCUCUCUCUCCCUCCCUCCCUCCCUCCCACUAGGCUGUUCAAGCGGUGAGAUGCCUUUCAGCCCUCAGAAUACCCAUUUUGCAGAUGAGAAAAAGCAAGGCCCAGAGAAGGGAAGUGACUUGCGAAAGUGAACCAGUUGGUGACAGAUAGCACAAGUCCAACAUUGUGAGCAAAAAUAAGAUGUUUCUUGCUCCAGGUUGAAAACGCCCAGAGGUGAGCUUUCCCAACCAGGCUCCGCCCAGCUUCUCAAAGCGCUGUCACCGGGCUUCGGCCUCAGCCUUUGCUCUGUCUUGCCCCUGGGCUGCCUCCUCCGGCUGCCCACAGUGGCCCGGGCAAGCUGAAAUCUCCACCUUCUCAUCCCUCUAGAGGAGGAGACAACAUUUCACUCUUCCUAUAUCCCGAACACACAUCUCUGUGUCUCAUGAGCUUAGCAACGGGGACGUAACUGGAAGAAAAAAAAAGAAAGAAAGAAAGCCAGUCAUUGUGGCUGGGAUUAAAUGCACUCAGUGAUGUAAGCCAAUGAGGACCCAUACCUGGGAUAAAGGUGGCUGAGAACCGGGUGAAGCGUUUCCCACGGGGCAAUGGGCGUGUGUCGCCAGGAGAACGCGGAGGCUCCGGCAUGUCCACCACACACAGCUGGGCUUCCUCGGGCCCCUGGAUGCCAGCCCAGGGCUCCUCCAUCCCACAGGUAGAGAGCUCCUUGGAGACCAGCCCCAGGCGCCGGACAGGGAGCAGAGGUAUCUCUGCCUGCAGCAAUCAGUGCUGAGCCUGAAGCUGCAGGCGCCGGGGUUGAUGAGGGAGAGAGAUCUCAGCAGCAGCCUGGUAUUCCGGUCCCCCUCUGUGAGCAAGGAGCAGGACCCACACCUGCACCCACAUCCCCCUGGGCCCCCAUCCUCAACCACCUGAUGGAAGCACACGGAGGUGGGUUUGUAGCCUCUGGCUCCAGGAGCAACUGGAGGCAGAGAAGAAAGUUCUCACAUUGAUGCCCUUUUGAAAAACCUGGCUACAUCAGUGACUAUCCAGCAAGCCACCUGGGCUGGGCGCAGUGGGAGAAACCAGAUCAGAGAAAAUAGGACAUAAAACGGGGGAGCCAGACAAGCAGGCGGGGAGGGCACUGCACACGGAGAGGGCGGGUCCGGAGGCUGGAUGGCAUCCCAGACUCUGUGGUGGUGGCCAGAAGGGACAGCAAGACGCCAGUCCUACCUCGACGUGAGCUGGGCCUCUGGGUCAUAGGUGGACUAGGAUCAGAGUAUUUAGAACUGUGUUGUUUGCUUUCACCGUUCUCUUCAAAGCAGCCUGAACACGAAUCAAAUGGAAAACGGAAGUCUCAUAGCCUCUGCAGAGCUUAACCUGCCUCAUUGGUCAACUCAUUGCCGCGCGCCUGGUUGUGAAGGAAACACUUUCCCAAGGAAGCCCAAGCCCUGACUGACUGCUGUCCAGCUUAAGAUGGCUGGACACCGGCCAUGUGCCAUCAGGAACCAGCAACUGUCCUCUCCCCUCCAAAGAGCUCGGGUCGCCAUCAUGUCCACUGUGGACACCUGGUUUGCAGCAAAUGUGCCACAGGCCACCAGCUGGUACCCUUCCCUGGGGCUUGGGCUAAGUUUCGAGAUUGAUUCAGUUUUCUUCCUUUUGUUUGUCAUCAUGAAAACACCAGCUCCAGGACCCCGGGAGCACCAUGUGACACCUCUGUGCAAGGAAAAGGAGCUUAGGAACAGCAGAGGCAGGGAGAGUGCAUUUGAUCAACAUCAGACUAUUAGCAACUCUUUCUUAAGAUAGAGCCCCGUGCUUCCUACAGGCAGCCCACCUGCUUCCACUCCCCCGGAUGCCCCCUCCCAGCCCAUCGGAGAUCCAGACUCGUGUUGCACAGCUUCGGUCAUAGACCAGAACUGCCGCUUGUGGUCCCCUGGCCCAGGGCCCUGAGCCAGAUGCCAGCUUUAAGCCAGGCCUGUGUCAGGAACCCGGCCCCCCCAGGAUGACAUGGUGCCCGAUUGAGCUAGCAUUUUACUGAAUUCACAUCAAAGCCAAAGUUUCCUGAGCACUUUUUUCUUCUUGGCAAUCUAGUUUGGUUGGUUGGUGGUGGUUUAAAAUUUGGUUUUUCCCUUCACCUUCGCCCCCCACCCUCCAGCCCUGUUCCUGUGUUUUGCAGCUGAGCGUUAAUCUGGAUGCGUUUUGAAUGAAGUUAGCAAGAGUCGCCUUCCUCAGCCUCUGCUUCGUUUUAUUUAUUGUUGAACAUUUCCAGUGAUCUGAAUCAAAGUGAAUAAAAAGAGCUAUUUUAUCGUU